CUAGCUCAGGAUGAAUUAUGCAGAAGGUAUAGCAUUACAACUGCUAGGCCAGGUGGAUACUCAUUAUAGCGACGCCUGUAAUGUUAUCCUUUUAGGUUUCCGAACCACCUGAGCCACAUCACUUUUCUGCAUCCAGCUACAUUUGUGCCCAACCUUUCUAUUUCUUAAAAAUACAUAUAAAUGGGAAAGGCAAAUGGUCGCAUGAAGAACGUUUGAUAUCUUGGAUCAGAUCUUUAAGGUCCAGUCUUCAAGGACAACCCUUGCUCCAGAUCACCAUGGCUCCGCUGCUGCCAGCACAGGAAGCAGCCAAAAUUUACCACACCAACUAUGUACGCAAUGCCCGUGCCAUUGGAGUAUUAUGGGCUGUGUUCACCAUCUGCUUUAACAUCAUCAUGGUAGAGGUCUUCAUCCAACCUUACUGGAUUGGAGACAGCCUAAACACCCCCCAAGCUGGCUACUUUGGCCUGUUCAGCUAUUGCAUUGGCAAUGCCCUGACAUCAGAGCUCAUCUGCAAGGGAAGUGCCUUGGACUUUGAGAGUAUCCCAUCAGGAGCAUUCAAAACAGCUAUGUUUUUUGUAGGUGUGUCAAUGUUCCUGGUGAUGGGCUCCAUGUUGUGUUUCAGCCUUUUCUUCUUUUGUAAUUCAGCCACAGUGUACAAAAUCUGUGCAUGGAUGCAGUUGGCUGCAGCUGCUGGCCUGAUGAUUGGAUGCCUGAUUUACCCGGAUGGAUGGGACUCUCCAGAGGUCAAACGUAUGUGUGGGGAUAAGACAGACAAAUAUUCACUAGGCUAUUGCACAGUGCGCUGGGCCUAUAUUCUUGCUAUUAUCGCAAUCAUGGACGCACUUAUCCUGUCUUUUCUUGCCUUUGUUUUGGGAAAUCGGCAAGAUAGCUUGCUACCUGAGGAUUUCAAGAUCCAGAGCAAAGAAGAGGAAGGUAGCUGAAAAACAUCUGUCUGCUUCAAAACUGGACAUAGAAACAUGUCUGAAUUUCUUUCAGUGUGAAAUUACUCAAAAUGCAUCUACAAUAAGACACACAGCU